GAGGCGUGAUGUGUGGCGGGUGGUGUGGGUUGUGGGUGGUGUGGGCUGUGUUGCUGCUGCCCACAGUGGCCGGCCUGCCCCACCCCCCACAGUCCUCGCCCACACACCCCCACCACAACCUGGAGAAUGAAGGAGGGAUGGUGCUACGCGAGGUGCUGGCUGGGAGACAGGUAUAUGUUUACCGCUCAUAUAAGGAUGUUCAGAUCUUCCACUUCUCAGUUCCUGCACAUGUGUCUAUGGCACUGUAUAAUUUCACUGCCAAUGACACCUUGGCAUGUGAUCCUCGCAACAUUACUGUUUUCCUGCAAGCAGAGAGUUAUCCUGUAGUGAAUCCUGAUGGUGCAGAGUAUCCACCUGGACUCUGGGUGAAUCGUUCCCAGGUGUACGAGGUGUCUCUACGUUCAGAUUUGAAACCCUCAUAUUUAUCCGUCCAAAAUCCUGUGGCUGGUGAUUGGUUUAUGGUUGCGUUUAUCAAUGAGACUUCCAACCGAAUCACACAGGCAGGUCUUUUUCCAUCCUGUCACUCCUGGCUGCAGGCAGAGGUGACAUACCAGCAAGAAAACAACAUUGUAACUGUUGUGCCUGAAAUACAUUCCCACCAAGAGAUACAGCUCUACCAUAACAUUGAAAAUACUCAGUAUUACAGAUUCUAUGUACCAUCAUCUACAUGGUUGGUUGUUGUGAAUAUCAGCAACUGUGUGGUUCUUCAUGAUGGGGAUACUCCUUCGUGUCCUGUAACUGUUGGCUUUAGAACGCGAGCACUGCCAAACCCAAAUUCCACCGAUACAGCUACUCACAGGUGUGAUGAAGUUGAGGGCAACACGUGUACCAUGGAAGUAGUGCCUGAGGAGGAAGCAUGGCAUUAUUUGAUGCUUAUAACACCAGUUGGCACUUCGGUUCAACUCAGUUUAGCUGUUAAACUCUAUUUGUGUGAUGCAGUUGAAGGCAGUAGUUACCAUCUCAUAAGUAAGAUGAACCUGAACCAGUUGUGUCCAGAGGAGAGUAUAGGAGCAAUGAACCCUUCAUUUCUCAACUACUCGACCAGUGACACAGAUGAUUCUGUCAAUGCAUCAUCUGUUAUCAAGGAACAGGUACAGCCUCGUCGCAUUCUCUUCAUGCCCGCUCUCAACACCAAGCAAGACAUUGAGGAUAGCUGCUGGCCAAGGUAUAAUUUGGUCAAAAAGACGUUUGGAGGGAACUUUGUUUUUGAAUAUGACUUGCCACCUGAUGAAAAUGGGUCUGUGCCACUUCUCUUAAAUAUCACCAAUGCUUCACCGACACUACUUGCUUUUCGUCUUGAGCCAAUUAUAGAUAUUGGAGGAACACUUUCUGUUGAACUGGCCAUCUCUCCAUUUAUGAACAUAAGUACACACAAUUUUAGUGUAGCUGGAUGUGUGGCUCUUGGAGUACGUGAGGCACCAGAUGCAAGCGGUCAGUGUACUCGUGGCCACAGUCUACUAGUCAACACUUCUAGUCUGAAUGAUGCAGCUACAAUGGUCCUAAUACCUUUCCCAGAACCUGGGCCGUGGUACCUGACGCUUAUCCCAGCAUGUUAUCUUACUAAUACCAGUGAAAUGGUGGAGUGUAGUGUGAAUGACACGACUGUGGUGUUCAGCGUAACUUCAGCUUCAUGUCUUCAAGGAAAGUGUGGCAGAUAUGGUUCUUGCUUCCAGUAUAUAUCUGGGGGAUUCAUUUUCUCCACAUGUGUUUGUGAUGCAGGUUACCGUGGAUGGGGAUGUACGGACAGUUCUCAGGCUACACCGAAUUGGGAGCUCCUUCUUGCGACAUUGUUACUCACAUUGUCUAAUCUCUUCUUCCUGCCAGCCAUAGUCCUUGCUGUAAAGCGAAGAUAUUUUGCCGAAGCCAUUGUUUAUGCGUUCACCAUGGUCUUCUCUACGUUCUACCAUGCCUGUGACCAAGAGGCAUACAACUUUUGUCUCAUGCGCCUCAGUGUCAUGCAGUUCUGUGAUUUCUACUCGGCCAUAUUUUCAUUCUGGGUAACUCUCAUUGCGAUGGCAGAUCUCCCACACUCUCUGUACUCAUUCCUGCAUGUUGCUGGUGCUCUGAUUGUUGCCCUUGGAGUAGAGUAUGACCGGACAGGGUUGUGGGUGUUUGUUGUCCCUUCAGCCUCGGCAUUCUUUAUCAUGGCAUCGUCUUGGGUUUGGCAUUGCAAACUUCAACACGGAUGCUACCCGGCAAAGCAGUACUGGUUGACGUGUCUCCUCCCUGGAGUCCUGUUGGCUGUUACAGGGCUCAUAUGUUACGCCUUCUUGGAGACCCAUGACAACUACUACUAUGUUCACUCUGCGUGGCACGCAACUAUGGCCCUUGCUAUUCUCUGUCUCCUUCCUCCUCGCAGAGACAAAGAUGAGAGAAAUGGUGGCGAUGAGGAAGUGGAGCCAUUGUCGGCCUGUCACGCCCAACUUCACAUUAUUGAGACGCAGGCCUACUCUUCUGUUCAUUAGCUCGAAUUGUAAAUGAUUGCAAAAGAACCUCCAGUCUCUUUCCCAGUAAUUUAACUUCAUUUUUAGAUAAAUAAGAGAGAAAAUAAUUUUGUAUUAUAAGUUUUAAUGGUAGAGUAUGUAUACAGUAUACAGUAUAGUAUUUAUAGUGCAUAUGUUUACAGGUAUACAGUAUUGUACUGUAUAUGUGUGUGUGUGGUAUUAUCUAUAUGUAGUUACCAGAAGAGAGCUGUGCUGAUGGUUUCCCAUGUUUUCUGCUCUUUACCUGGGGCAUACCUGGAGAGGGUUCUGAGAGUUCUUCUACUCACCGAGCCUGGCAUAAAAUAUAUGUCUAUAUUUUAUCAUAAAUACACAAGUGAAAAUUGCUAGUGAAUUUUGCAUACACUACCCUAUCCUGAAACUUAUUCCAUUUAUCUGCAGUUCUGUUUAUAAAAAGAAUUUGUUGUUUUUGCAUGCCUCUGUGAGAUGACUGCCUUAUUUAUCUCCUCGAGCUACCCACCUGAACACCUCCAAUCCUGAGCACUGUACCUCAACAGGCUCUUACCAAAUCACAAGCACCUAUCGGGUCACAAGACUACUACAUACCAAAAUCUGCCCCCCCCCCCCCUCAGUAGAGGCAGGUGACUCUAGGCCUAUUAGACCACAACAGUAGCAAUUGCAAAAAACAAAAACCAGAAUGGUAGAGCACACCAAAACGAGCACCUGUUUAGAUAGCAGUUGCAUUCUGGAUUAAAACUAUGGUCUAUACACACCCAUUGUCUGGGUCCAAUUUCUUAGCUCCACACCCUCCCCUCUGGAUAGCAGCCCUGGCAACCUAGGGGUCCAAGGCUGCCAUGCACAUGAAUAUCAGCACCUGCUUUUUUGUAUAAAAAUUCAAACAACUAUAAACCACAUAUUUUAAUAAAGGGGAACGAUAGAAGAACAUAAUUGCACUGAUCCACAUCGGGCUUGGAUACCCAUGUGCAUGGAAAACAGGCUUAAAGGUUCCAGAAUAAGAGAGGAAAGGUCAGUAUUCUCGAAAAAAGCUCAGCUGUCUCUGGAUGCUGCCUUUCCUGGCUGUCUGCAGCACUGUCUAGCUUAGUAUUUUGUGGUACUCUUUCUAUUUGGCUGUCUCGGGCACUGUCUUUUACCCCAGUGUUGCUGUCUUUGAUCUGAUUGGGGGGGGGGGGUUAUCACCAACCACUGUAGGGGCCACUGUGGCUUAUUCUUUUUUCACAAUCUCCACAAUUUCUCUAAACAAUGUUGUGGCCAUCUUGGUUUCCUUUCGUUUUUGGUUUUCAGUGGCCUCAUAUUGAGAGACUUGUGACAGAGCAUCUUGGCACUGCUGAGGGUACCCUCCCAAAAAUUCGCCAUUUAUAUGUAAUGAAGUGCCGCUUUCUGAUGAGUCUUCAGCGACUCCUCGUUACCCACCCUUUUCCUGUCCCUUCCUGAGGAGUUUUAUUUUGUUUUGUUUUUGGCUGCCCAUAACUGUGCUGGCUGACUGCCUGGACCCCCAGGUUGCUGGGGUGGCUGCCUGGACCCCCAGGUUGCUGGGGUGGCUGCCUGGACCCCCAGGUUGCUGGGGUGGCUGCCUGGACCCCCAGGUUGCUGGGGUGGCUGCCUGGACCCCCAGGUUGCUGGGGUGGCUGCCUGGACCCCCAGGUUGCUGGGGUGGCUGCCUGGACCCCCAGGUUGCUGGGGUGGCUGCCUGGACCCCCAGGUUGCUGGGGUGGCUGCCUGGAACCCCAGGUUGCUGGGGUGGCUGCCUGGACCCCCAGGUUGCUGGGGUGGCUGCCUGGAACCCAAGGUUGCUGGGGUGGCUGCCUGGAAUCCAAGGUUGCUGGGGUGGCUGCCUGGAACCCCAGGUUGCUGGGGUGGCUGCCUGGAACCCCAGGUUGCUGGGGUGGCUGCCUGGAACCCAAGGUUGCUGGGGUGGCUGUCUGGGGGAAGUGAGUAUAAUAGCAAUGAUUCAGCCAUGUUAACAAAGUGUGUACAUUGUUAGAACCAAGGUUACAAUUGCUUGUUUUGUAGCACUGAAUCUUUCUGGUGGGUUUUUGUCCUGUCAGAUAGGGGUGAUUUCUGAUUCUCUGCUCCUUGUAGCCUCCUUGUUGGGAGGAGGGGCAGACUAGGGUCCUAGUCUGUGGUAGGUGUAUGUGACUCACGAGAGCCUGCUGUGACUACCAAAGCUUGGCUGGUACCAGGCUCUAGCAUUGGGGAGCUACUUAGGGCCUACCAAAAAAAAAGUGUUUCAUUACAUUCGUCGCUAGAUUUUAAUACAACUAGGUACCUGCUGACAUGUAUUUUCAGAAGUUUUUUCUGUUUAUUUUAGCAUUUAUACAAUGCUAACCAGCAUAUAUACAUUUUCUUCUGUCUUCCAUGGAUAAGGGUGUUUUAAAUUAUAAUUCGAGUCCAUAGUGGUGAAUUUAAACUAUAUUAAUUGUUUUUAAAAUUGCAUAAUUUUGAACAAAUUGAGACUAAAGUUUUAUCUAAUUUAAAUUGCAUGCAACAUUUUUGAAAACUAAUUCCGCCCUAGGUAUAACUAAUGGGUAAUGCAUCAUUAAAAAAAAAAAUCCCAGUUUAAAGUGCUUGCUUACUGUAAAGGUUCAUUAUUUUCAGAUAUAAGCUGCAUAUCAUAAGCCUAUGGGGUGCUCUGUCAUACACACAAUCAUUGUGCAGUAUUGUUUUGCUUCUUUUGUUAGGUCUUAAUCACUAUCUCAUUUGCUUUACAAAAAACAUAUACUCACAAUUUUGAACCCAAUGUAAUUAUCUUCAUUAUGUCUCCCACCCAGAUCAUCGUAUAAAGUUGUCACUUCCUGUUAAGCUUAUAUUACUGCCUAGCUGAUAUCUGAAUCAAAGUAUUUGUUGUAUUUUUAACUCUAUGACCAACGUGCAUAUUUGUUAGCAUUAACGAGCAUGAAAGUAUAUCUUCUCUCUCGGUUCAAAAAUUUGGCUUCCAACUAAUUUUUACAUUAACCUUUCCACCCAAAAUAGUAAGCCUUCACUAUAGUGGCUUUGGUUACUGUGUAUUAUACUUCCUUACCUGACCAAUUUUCUCAAAAAUUACAGGAUUCUUCUCAGAGACCCAUCCAUCUUCCCAGCCUGACCUGGUGGCCUUCAGGUCAUCUCCUGAGCAUGUUCCUCUUCCUAAUCUUCAGAUGUACUCCUCACCCUGAUUGACAGACAUCACUACUUUCCUUCAUCCGCACUAACAGCUUGCUCCCCCCCCCCAUUAUUUUGACAAUAAUUCAGACCUUUAGCCACCUGAUUAACCACUGAUAUUUAAAGCAUUCUAGUACCCAAAAAAUUGUCAUAACAUUUCUCCUGAUCCUAACCUAGCCAAACUAAUCCUAGAA